UCUCCCAUGCCUAAGUCUUCAUCCAAAUAUCUUUGUUAUUACAAAGAACAUAGCUAAGCUUUGCCAUCCUAAAUAACAUAGCUAAACUUCGCUAUUCAGAUCCAAACAACACAGCUCAGAAAAUAUGGUUGCCGUGAGUGAGAUCCGCAAGGUUCAAAGGGCAGAAGGCCCUGCAACCGUAUUAGCGAUUGGUACAGCAAAUCCAUCAAACUGUGUUGAUCAGAGUACAUAUGCAGAUUACUACUUUAGAGUAACUAAUAGCGAGCACAUGACGGAUCUCAAAAAGAAGUUUCAACGUAUUUGUGAGAGAACACAGAUCAAGAACAGACAUAUGUACUUAACAGAAGAGAUACUAAAAGAGAAUCCUAAUAUGUGUGCAUACAAGGCACCGUCGUUGGAUGCAAGAGAAGACAUGAUGAUCAGGGAGGUACCAAGGGUUGGAAAAGAGGCUGCAACCAAGGCCAUCAAGGAAUGGGGCCAGCCAAUGUCUAAAAUCACGCAUUUGAUCUUCUGCACCACCAGUGGCGUUGCAUUGCCUGGCGUUGAUUACGAACUCAUCGUACUCUUAGGGCUUGACCCAUGUGUCAAGAGGUACAUGAUGUACCACCAAGGUUGCUUCGCUGGCGGCACUGUCCUUCGUUUGGCUAAGGAUUUGGCUGAAAACAACAAGGAUGCUCGUGUGCUUAUCGUUUGUUCUGAGAAUACCGCAGUCACUUUCCGUGGUCCUAGUGAGACUGACAUGGAUAGUCUUGUAGGGCAAGCAUUGUUUGCGGAUGGAGCUGCUGCGAUUAUCAUUGGUUCAGAUCCUGUGCCACAAGUUGAGAAGCCUAUCUUUGAGCUUGUCUCGACUGAUCAAAAACUUAUCCCUGACAGCCAUGGAGCCAUCGGUGGUCUCCUUCGUGAAGUUGGACUUACAUUCUAUCUUAACAAAAGUGUUCCUGAUAUUAUUUCGCAAAAUAUUAACGACGCGCUCAGUAAAGCUUUUGAUCCAUUAGGUAUAUCUGAUUAUAACUCAAUAUUUUGGAUUGCACAUCCUGGUGGACGUGCAAUUCUGGACCAGGUUGAACAGAAGGUAAAUUUGAAACCAGAGAAAAUGAAAGCCACUAGAGAUGUGCUUAGCAAUUAUGGUAACAUGUCAAGUGCAUGUGUGUUCUUCAUCAUGGAUUUGAUGAGGAAAAAGUCGCUUGAAGAAGGACUUAAAACCACUGGUGAAGGACUUGAUUGGGGUGUGCUUUUUGGGUUUGGUCCUGGUCUCACUAUUGAAACUGUUGUUCUUCGCAGUGUAGGCAUAUGAUGCACUUCUACGCAUAUAUACAAUUGUGGUACCUUCUAAUAAUUAUUUUUUUUCUCAAGAAUAAGGCCCUGAUGUUCUUUAUAUAUACAAACACAUGAUUGAAUGAGUGAAAAUUUUGACAAAGAUGUCUAAAGUUAUUUCUUUAUGCUAAGAUUUAAUAUCAACGUUUGUAACUGUUAGUAAAAAAUAUAUCAAAUUCUUUUUUGAUUG